GUGUUCAUUCUCCUGGUCAUCAACAUCCUGAACACCAGCAUUGGUUUCAUUGCCCGUGACUUGACCAACGCCCUCGUAUCGAAGGACGAGAAGCUGACGUACAAGGUCAUCGGCAUGUAUGCAGCCUGCUUCAUCGUAGCCCUCCCGAUCCGAAGCGCACAGUUCUGGUGCACUGCCAAGCUGUCCAUCCUUUGGAGAGACUGGCUGACACGGAACUUCAUCGAUGCGUACAUGGAUCAUCGAGCCUACUACGACAUCAACCCGAACGAUGAGUCGAACACGGAGGUGGACAAUCCGGAUCAGCGAAUCGCUGACGAUGUGAGAAGCUUCACAAGAGAGAGUCUUUCCUUCACGGUCGGUGCUGUAGAUGCAUUGUUGACUUUU